CCCAGCUGUGGGGACUCGCGACAUGGAGUCCGUGGCCCUCUACAGCUUCCAAGCCACCGAGAGUGAUGAGCUGGCCUUCAACAAGGGGGACACACUCAAGAUCCUGAACAUGGAAGAUGACCAGAACUGGUACAAGGCAGAGCUCCGGGGUGCCGAGGGGUUUAUUCCCAAGAACUACAUCCACAUCAAGCCCCACCCGUGGUACUCCGGCAGGAUUUCCAGGCAGCUGGCUGAAGAGAUCCUGAAGAAGCGGAACCACCUGGGCGCCUUCCUGAUCCGGGAGAGCGAGAGCUCCCCUGGGGAGUUCUCAGUCUCUGUGAACUACGGGGACCAGGUCCAGCACUUCAAGGUGCUGCGUGAGGCCUCGGGGAAGUACUACCUGUGGGAGGAGAAGUUCAACUCCCUCAACGAGCUGGUGGACUUCUACCGCACCACCACCAUCGCCAAGAAGCGGCAGAUCUUCCUGUGCGACGAGGCGCCCCUGCUCAAGACGCCUCAGGCCUGCUUCGCCCAGGCCCAGUUUGACUUCUCCGCCCAGAACCCCACGCAGCUCAGCUUCCGCCGAGGGGCCAUCAUCGAGGUUCUGGAGCACCUGGACCCCCACUGGUGGCGAGGCCGGCUGUAUGGACGUGUUGGCCUCUUCCCACGGAGCUAUGUCCAGCCGGUGCAGCUGUGACCAGAGUGGGGUCUGGGAGAACCGAGCUGGCAGACUAUCCAGCAUGGCGGGUUUCCAAGACGCUGAGAUUCCGAAAGAAGACGUGGAUACUUCUUUCCCGGGUCCCACAGUGCUCACAGGGGCCGAGGACUGGAGCACGGCGCCCACAGCGUGGGACCUCCAUUGCCUUACACUACUGGGCCAGCACCCCAGCACCCCAAGUCCACCAUGGUAUCCAGUGCUCACCCAGCUAAAGGAAGUCCUGGGGUCUUCUGCCGGCCUCUUCCUGUUGGCCGUCAGCGGUGAACGUCAGGGUCGGGCAGUAGGGGCCUAGCCUAUUACCCUGAUGGUAAGCCCUGCCUCUGGGGGGCUGGGGACUCCUAGGUUCCCCCCACUAGACACUCAAGCCAGAACUGUGGGCUUGACAUGUGGCUGACCUUGGGCUGACCACCACUGGGUCUGCCUGCCGGUCCCUCAAAAGGCCCUGGAGUUGUUCUGGCCAUUGGGGAGGCAGCACAGGCCAGAGGGACGGGCAGGGGUCUGCGCAGCUCUUGACCUGGCCUCACUGGGCUGAGACACUGACCUCCCUCAUUACUUUGGGCUCCACCUGUGUGUCCAGCAUCCUGGCACCAUCACAGACACUUUGGGGAGGGCUGAAGACCCUGGACCUGAAGAAGGGGUGCACGGCAAUGAAAGACAGGGAGGCAGCUGCCCCUUUCCGGGCUCUCCCACGGUGGACAGGCUCUGAGGUCAGGCCCUGAGAACCCUGUUCUGCUUUGUUCGGGCCCAGGUUCUGCCCAGCCCAGGGCCCUAGGGAGCUUGGGGGAAGUACAAGCCAGAUGGGAAGUUCAGGAGGUCCAGCAGCUCUCAGAACAGGGAGGGCAGUGUAGGUGAGACCCCCACUUGAGGAAAGGCAGGGUGUCCCCGUGGGUGUGCUCCAGCAGGGAGUACUGAACAGUGCCCACCCAGAGCCGGGGCACCUUUGGGAGCAGGAAGGGUGCAGGGGGCUCAGAAAUGCCAGGCUGAUGCUGGCAUAGGUGGUGAGCGUGAGGGGAGGAGAGAAGGCUCCUGGAGCUGGAAGCAGGUGGGAGCUGGGGGCGCCCUGGGUGGCUGCGGGCCUGAGGGCUGGUCCGAGACCCUGGGAGCCCCGUGGCCCGGACGGGUGCGCUGCCCCAGACCUUGUGUACUCAAAA